AUGCUUUUAGUGCUUUACGGAUUACCACACCUGCUGGAGCCACCACCACCAUCAACACCACCACCAUCACCAACAUCACCACCAUCGUCCUCCUCCAUUCAGCUGCAUUGCCAUUUCCGCGUCUUUGAAGCCGUGCACUUCCGCUGCUCCGGCUGCUUCAGUUGGUCAAACGGUCGAACCAUAGCCAAACAGACGACACUGAUUUAUACAAUUCCGCAUUUAAUACAUAUUAUAUAUAUUAUACAUUUCCAGGUUAUCCUCUCCGUGGUCCUGGUGGCGUUGAUCGCCUGCGUCCAGGCGAAGCCCGGCGGUCCGGCGGCCUACUCGAUCAGCGCCCCCAGCGUCGACCACGCCUCCGUGGGCAGCACCCAGGAGCACACGGUGAAGGGCCACUACGGCCAGUCCUCCCAGUCGGACUACGCCAGCCAGGUGCAGACCGCCCACUCGCAGUCCCACGUCCAGCGCUCCAGCAUCAGCAAUGACGCCGGACUGGCGCCCGUCGCCGCCCACGGCUACGCAGCCGCUCCGGCCCAUGCCAUCGCUGCGCCCGCCUACUCCCUGGGCUACGCCGGCCACACGGCGCCCGCCCAGCUUCAGGGCGUGGCCUAUGGCGGACACUAUGCGGCCAGCGCUCCGGCCGUGCAGAUCUCCGGACUGGGGCACUCGCUGGGCCUGGGACUGGGACACUCGCUGGGACUGGGACACUCGCUGGGCCUGGGCGGAUACGGAGGCUACGGCUACGGAGGCUAUGGCUCCUAUAGUGCCGCUCCUGCCAUCUCGCACGGAUAUCUGGCCCAUGCCCCAGUCGCCGCCGCUCCAGUUGUGAAGUACGCCGCUGCACCAUCGUACGCUCCCGGAAUCAUUGGACACGGCAUUGGACUGGCCGCCCCCGCAUACGCUGCCCCCGCCUACGCCGCUCCUGCAUACGCCACGCAUCUGGCCGGGCCCGUGGUGAAGGCCGCCGUCGCCGCACCCGCCCUCGUGCACACAUCGGUCUCCGGCCAUGGCAUUCACUAUGGCUACUAG